GGCACAAUUGCUCAGCCUGUUUCCUCGGUGUUUGCCUGGGUUCUCAGCACAGGAAGCUCUAAAAGUGCUCUGAAAAGUCAGAAGGAGGAACCUCUCCAGCUUUGAGGAGCCAGUCGAUCAGGGGCAUGCACAGCUAAAGGAGAGGCAUGGGAAAGGGGGAGAGGAAACGCUGACACUGACUGCUGAGGAUGUACUGGCAGGCAAGAAAUGCUCCCUAUUUCCACAGUUAAGUUGGUGGAGGGAUGGAUGGAGUGAUGGAGCUGCCUGAACCAUGAAAGGAGGAACCAACAUGAAGUUUGCUGGGAAGCCUGUGUAUGUUUUUGUGCUGCUCGCCAUCACCAUGGUCAUGAGAUUAGCAGGGAACAACACAGUGUUAGUGACUGUAGGUAAAAGCCCAGUUCUCGACUGUCCUAUCCAAGGACAAAUAAGUAUGGUAAAAUGGACAAUAACCCCCAAGGCUGGAGGCCCUUGCACCUUGGUAUACAGGACUGAUACAAACAUGACACACAGAACAAACUGCAGUGACAACAUAGACUGGAAAUUCAUAGCAGGUCUGGCUGCUGCCCUUGAGAUACAGCAAGUGGAACUAGCCCAGGAGGGAAAUUACAGCUGUGAAGUGGCAUCAACAGAUGGGAAUUUCUUCACGAUGUACCACCUGACUGUGCUGGCCCCCCCGAGGCUGAGCCUGUACUGUGAUGAGCGGGGCAGCCCCGUGUGCGAGGCAGCCGCGGGGAAACCAGCGGCACAGCUCUCAUGGGUCCCGGAGAGCAUCUUCUCUGCAGAGGAGACAGGCCACCACAACGGGACAGUGACUGUUCUCAGCAAGUUCACAGCGUGUAGCACCAAUGUAACCAACGUGACCAGAUGCGUGGUGUCCCACCCAGCUGGGAACUGGAGCCAGUCCAUAGCCUGCUGUCCCUCAGAGAAAACCAACUUUUUCCUGUAUGCCUGCAUCAUUACUUGUGUUCUGAUCAUUAUCACCUUGCUGGCUGUCAUUUACUAUUUGAAGCUCCACAGUUAUAGACCAUGCCACAAAACCAAGCCUCCUGAAGUUGCUCCUAUACAUUCCCAACAGGAUGACACAAUGGAAGUGGAACCCUAUACUACUUAUGUGCAGAAGGAAAACGUAAUUUACAACUCAGUGUCUGACCUGACAGAGGGGCAGAAUCUUCCACAAGACCUGUGUUCAGAAACAUGAGUGAUUCAAUAACACCAGAAAAGGAAAGAGAUACUUUAUAGAAGACUGGUUAUAGAAAGAAACUUCUCAGAAAAUUUCUUCAGACUUUGGAGCAGCAUAGAUCACUAGGUCUGUUCGAACACCUCUGCUUGCUGAUGAGUCCAUAGUUCCUUUUUUCCCCAUUUUAGUUUCUUCCUUGGUAAAAUGUGUUAUUCUUGGGAAGAUGUGACUGACCACAUACCAUAGUUUUUCCUGGAAAAGAAGUUGUGACCAGUCUUCCCUUUGCUGUUCUUGUCUUGGAGAUCCUAGUUUUGUCAGUCACUUGUAGCUGUUACUUGGAUGCACUUGACACUAUGAUGCACACGUUUGGGAGACCAGAGGAGUGUUCUGUCUGAACUGAAACAAAACACUCUUCCACCAACAGCCACUUUUUUCUAAUAUGUAUGUUAGUAACACAUUACCUGGGUACUGAUCAUCACUGAAUACCUCAAAUAGCAGAAGAAUAGUAGGGAAGACUUAGUUCUGAAAAUGGAAAUAGGGAUAAAUUUAAAAGGUCAUCCACUAAGAAGGAGACUGCACUAGCAUGACUAAUUCACUUCUUAGGUUCAUAUCCAGUAUUUCGAUAUGCCAUUAUGGGAUGCCAUCCAGAAGAAUCUGGACAAGGUUGAUAAGUGAGUCAAUGGAAAUCUCAUGAGAUUUAACAAGACCAAGUGCAAGGUGCUGCACCUGGACUGGGACAACCUCUGGUGUCCACACAGGAUGGGGCAUGAAUGGAUUGAGAGCAGCCCUUCUGAGAAGGGCUUGGGGUGAAUCAGAGUCUGGCCAUGAGCCAGCAAAGUGCACUUGCAUCCCAGAAAACCAAAUGUGCCCUGGGCUGUAUCCAAAGCAGCAUGGCCAGCAGGGGAAGGAGGGGAUUCUGCUCCUCUGUUCUGCUCUUGUGAGACCCCACCUGCAGAGUUGCACCCAGCUCUGAGGUCCCCAGCACAAGCAGGACAUUGACCUGUUGGAGUAGGUCCAGAGGAGGCCAUCAAGAUGAUUAGAGGGAUGGAACACCUCUCCUAUGCGGAAAGGCUGAGAGAGUUGGGACUGUUCAGCCUGGAAAAGAGUAGCCUUUGGGGUGACUGAAUUGUGGUCUUCCAGUACCUGAAGAGAACCUGCAAGAAAGAUGGAGAUAGACUUAUACAAGAGCAUGCAGUGGCAGGGCAGCGGGGAACGGAUUCACACUGAAAGAGAGUAGGUUUAGAUUAGAUAUCAGGAGGAAAUUUCUUUGAGGGCGGUGAGACACUGGAGCAGGUUGCCCAGAGAAGCUGUGGAUUUUCCAUCCCUGACAGUGUUCAAGAAGGAUGGGGCUUUGAGCAACCUGGUCUAGUGGAAGGUGACCCUGCCAGUGCUGGGUGGACCUUGAUGAUCUUUAAGGUCCCUUCCAACUCAAACCACUCUAUGAUUUUGUGAUUUCCACUAAAUAUGUUCAUUCUGUGAUUCAGAUCACUGGCAUGAUUAUUUUUCUAUAAGAUUCUAUGAAAAUUUGGCAUUCCUCUCUUUCUUAGGAGUAAAAGCAUUAAGAUACUGUAAAAUACUUACGCUACUCAAAAUCCAUAGGCUAUUUUUACCAAAAACAAACAUAAAAUAUUUAACAAAACAAGUACAAAUAUAUCUUCUACGAAUGUGCAAUAAUGUACAAAAAGGAUAAAAUGCUUUCUAAUUGUAGUCAUAUUUAUUUUAACUACCACAACUGAAGUUUUUUUCAUUCGUAUAUCUAGAUAUUUUACUGAUAUUCUUUUCAAUGUACUUUCAAGUUCACUUUUUUGUGUGUAAAUUAGCUUAUGUAUCUUAUUGUGUCUCAUUUUGAGGUGACUUAUUCUCACCUCCACAGAAUAUCUCUUGGGAAUAAGUAAAAUAAAUUGUCUUCUAUAUAGUAGCAGUUCUCAGAUUUUUUUGAUUGAUGCCUCUCUAGCUAAAGUAUGAACUGACUUUACAGUAAGA